AUGCCCCGCAUUCGAGGUCGUCGGCCUCCAAGGAAGGAGGUCUACUGGUGGUCCCAGGAGCUGGCGGACCUCCGUGCGGCCUGUACACGUGCCCGGAGGUCCUACACGCGCAGUCGGCGGCGUCACCGUGGAGACGGUGAGGAGGACCGGCUUCAUGAGGAGUACCGACGGGCGCGGAAAACUCUGAAGCUGGCCAUUAGCCGCGCCACAGAAGAAAAGAGACAGGAGAUGCUGGAGGGUCUUAAUCGUGACCCCUGGGGUCGCCCUUACCGCGCGGUGCGACAAAAGCUCCGCGCGUCGGGCCCCCCCCUUACGGAGACUCUCCAGCCCAGCUUCCUGCGAGAAGUGGUUGAGGGCCUUUUCCCACAACGAGCGGAACACACUCCCCCGGCGAUGGCCUCCUUGGCCGGAGACGACGGGGAGCACGGGGAGGAUAAUGUUCCGCCCGUCCGGGAUUCGGAGGUAGGGGCGGCUGUUCUACGGAUCCGUUCCAAGAACACCGCCCCUGGGCCAGACGUGGUACCGGCCCGAGUGCUGGCCCUGGCCCUCAACCACAUGGCAGACCGCCUCGGGGAGGUGUUCGACGCUAGCUUGGCGUCGGGACGCUUCCCUGAGUGCUGGAAGAGCGGGAAGCUGGUCCUAUUGAGGAAGCCGGGACGGCCUGCCGAUUCGGUCGCGGCCUAUAGGCCCAUCGUGCUGCUGGACGAGGCGGGCAAAUUGUUUGAGAGGGUUCUUUCUGCCCGCAUCGUCCAGCACCUCUGCGAGGUGGGCCCCGAUCUGUCGGACGCCCAAUUUGGUUUUCGGGCGGGGCGUUCGACAGUCGACGCCGUGUUGCGCCUGAGGGCCGUGACCGAAGAGGCCGUGAGCUGUGGCGGCGUGCUGUUGGCGGUGUCAUUAGACAUCGCCAACGCAUUCAAUAGUCUGCCAUUCAGCUGCAUCAGGAAAGAACUCCACUAUCAUGGGGUGCCAAAGUACCUGAGGCGGCUAGUGGCAGACUAUUUAGAGGAGCGUACCGUCGUGUACGAGGACCGAGAAGACGAUACCCUGGUGACAGCCCGGGGGGCAAACUUCCAAGAGGCGGCGCGCCUGGCCACAGGGGGAGUCUCCCUGGUGGUCGGGCGCAUUGAGGCGCUGGGCUUACGGGUGGCCCUAGAUAAGACGGAGGCCCUGUUAUUUCAUGGGCCCCGUCGUGGUCCACCCCCUGGCGCCUCAAUCGUGGUCAACUCGGUCCUCGUACCGGUUCGGGCCCAGAUGAAAUAUCUGGGCCUGAUCCUCGACGGGAGGUGGCUCUUCGACGAGCACUUCCGACAGCUUGCUCCAAAGCUGGUCGGCGCUGCGUCUGCCCUAGGGCGACUUUUGCCCAAUAUGGGUGGACCCAGCGUCGCGACAAGACGGCUGUACACGGGGGUUGUCCGGUCAAUGGCACUGUACGGUGCACCGGUGUGGGCGGCGGCUCUGACCGCCCAGAAUAGGGUGGCAUGCGCGUUGGCCGGAACUCCCCCGUGGGAUUUGGAGGCGGAAGUGCUCGCCGAAGUUUAUCGGCGAGUGGCUGACUCCCGGGCGGAGAGCGGAUUUCGCCCUCCGCCCGAGGAUGUGCGCGAGUGGCGCGAAGCCGCUCGCCGAGCCACGAUGGCUCGUUGGUCGUGCCGGCUGGAGACUCCACGCGCUGGCUUCGCCGCCGUGGAGGCUCUCCAGCCGGUCAUCGCCGAGUGGGCAGGGCGGCAGCACGGGACCCUUUCCUUCCGGCUGACGCAGGUGCUUUCCGGGCACGGUUGCUUCGGAAAGUACCUGCACUCGGUCGCUAGGAGGGAACUGAGUCCCGCCUGCUACCACUGCGAGGAGGCACUGCAGUGA